AUGCGGAUGUGCAUUGAUUAUCGCCAGUUGAACGAAGUUACCAUUCAAAACAAGUACCACAUUCCUCGUAUUGAUGAUCUAUUUGACCAGCUUCAGGGGGCUUCUAUGUUUUCCAAGAUUGAUUUGAGGUCGAGUUAUCACCAGUUGAAGAUCCGAGCCAAAGAUAUUCCUAAGACAGCCUUUCGAACUCGGUAUGGGCACUAUGAGUUUCUUGUCAUGCCAUUUGGGCUUACCAAUGCCCCAGCUACUUUCAUGGACUUGAUGAAUGUUAUUUUUAAGCCAUACUUUGAUUCCUUUAUGAUUGUGUUCAUUGAUGAUAUAUUGGUCUACUCGAGGAGUAGGGAGGAUCACGAAAAACACUUGAGGAUUGUUCUUGGUUUGUUGAGAGACAGGGAGUUGUAUGCCAAGUUCUCCAAGUGUGAGUUUUGGCUUGAGUCUGUAUCUUUCUUAGGUCAUGUGGUAUCAAAGGACGGGAUUAUGGUUGAUCCUAAGAAGAUUGAGGCCGUGAGAGAUUGGGCUAGACCCACUUCAGUGACAGAGAUUCGUAGCUUUUUGGGUCUGAAAGAAGUACUUUUUCAGUGGAUCGACGAGUGUGAGGAGAGCUUUCAAAAGCUCAAGACUUUAUUGACUUCAGCUCCGAUUCUAGCAUUGCUCGUGGAGGGUAAGGAUUUUGUGGUAUAUUGUGAUGCUUCUCGUUCUGGGUUGGGUGCCAUGUUGAUCCUUCAGCAGGUGUUUACUCAGAGGGAUCUCAAAUCUAGGCAGCGAAGAUGGAUGGAGUUGCUUAAGGAUUAUGACAUUACCGUCUUAUAUCAUCCGGACAAGGCAAAUAUGGUAGCGGAUGCCUUAAGUAGGAAGUUAGUGAGUAUCAAUAGUUUGACUCAAAUUAUGGCAUCGGAGCGUCCUUUAGCCAUGGAGGUUCAGACUCUGGCUAACAGUUUUGUGAGGUUUGACAUUUCAGAUUCGAGUAGAGUGUUGGCUUGUGUUAAGGCGAGAUCGUCACUUCUAGAUCAGAUUAAGGCAAAGCAGUUUGAGGAUGCAAGGUUGUGCAAGAUUCGUGAUAAGGUCUUGAGUGGUGAGGCCAAGGAGGCCAUGAUUAAUAGUGAGGGAGUCUUGAGGAUGAAGGGACGUGUUUGCAUUCCUCGUGUUGAGGAUUUGAUUAGGAUAUUUUUGGCGGAGUCCUACAGUUCUGGAUAUUCUAUUCAUCCUGAGUUUACGUACAAUAACAGUUACCAUUCGAGCAUUGAUAUGGCUCGAUUUGAGGCUCUUUAUGAGAGGAAAUUUCGAUCUCCUAUUAGUUGGUUUGAUGCCUUUGAGAUUAGGCCAUGGGGUACCGAUCUUCUGAGAGAAUCGUUGGAUAGGGUUAAGGUCUCACCUAUGAAGGGUGUGAUGAGGUUUGGGAAGAAGGGCAAGAUCAGUCCUAGGUUCAUUAGUCCAUUUAAGAUUCUUGACUGUGUGGGGGAGGUAGCCUAUGAGUUAGCUUUACCUCCAGGAGCCUAUCGCCAUUUUAGAUUGAGAGGUUCGAAAGUUGAGGUCAAAGGAAAUAGCUUCAGUGAAGGUCCAGUGGAAGCAUCGCCUAGUCGAGGAGGCUACUUCGGAGACCGAGUCUGA